AUGCAUGUUAAAGGCCGGGGAACAAAGCCGAAGGCUCCUUGGUGGACGGAGGAAUUGGAGACCAUCAAGCGGGAAGUGGUGGAUUUGCACCACCAGCUUCAUGCUGCUAAACGCCAAGGUUUGCCUUUGGACCAGAUUUUGGAGGCACGCAAAUCUAUAAAGGAACUUUACGCUAGCAAAAUGCGUGAUGAGUCGACCAGGCAUUUUCGUGAGUUCUGCGAGUUGCAAACUAAGGAAAAUGUCUGGUCACUCACAAAUAGGCUACUCAAAACUGCCACCCCUAGGCGCCCACCAGUUACCCUCAACAGAGACGGUACUUACACCACCAAUAGCCAGGAGACUGCUAAGGCACUUUUGGACCAUUUUUACCCGGGUGACUCACCCGACACCUUACCACGACAUCACGAAUUAAGAUCUGACAUGACCAACUCUCCUCAGUCCCAUUACGACCCUCCCUUCACUCAGGAGGAGGUGUUGGAGUGUUUAAGACAAAUGAAUCCCAAAAAAGGCUCCCCGGACUCGACAACUUAA